CAUCGACAAACGCCCACUACCUUCAACCAAUAACUACGCCGGCACGAUGAAGUACAUCCACAGCCAGGAGUCUCUCACCAUCCCCGAAGGCGUCGAUGUUAGCAUCCGUUCUCGCAUCGUGACCGUAAAGGGCCCCCGAGGUGAGCUGAAGAAGGACCUUAAGCACCUCGCAGUUUCUUUCGAGAAGCCCUCUAAAAGCAACAACACGAUCUUGAUUUCACUCCACCACGGAAACCGCAAGAAUGUUGCUGCUCUCCGUACUGUCAAGUCACUCAUUUCCAACCUGAUCGUUGGUGUUACGAAAGGUUACAAAUACAAGAUGCGCUACGUCUACGCCCAUUUCCCCAUCAACGUUAAUAUUGAGGAGAACAAGGAGACCGGGCUUGGUGAGGUUGAGAUUCGCAACUUCAUUGGCGAGAAGAUCGUUCGCCGCGUAACUAUGCACCCAGGUGUCAAGGUUGAAACCAGCUCGAACGUCAAGGAUGAGAUCGUCUUGACUGGAAACUCUCUCGAGAACGUCUCCCAGUCUGCUGCUGAUAUCCAGCAAAUCUGCAGAGUUAGAAAUAAGGAUAUCCGAAAGUUCUUGGACGGUCUGUACGUUUCUGAGCGCGGUAACAUUACUGAGGACUGAACGGUUGGGCGGUCAUGGAAAGUAAAAUAAAAAUCUCUUUAACUAAAUAAAAUGGGAGUUGGGACAUCUCAAAAUAUCCUAACUACUUUCUCUCUCUUU